GGCUUUAGUGUGCUGGGUGAUCUGGUAUCUGGUGUGCACGGCAUAGCGUCAGAGCAACAACCUCAUCAUGAUUCUGGCCUUCGUACUUCUAGUUAUUGCUCCUUUAUCAUCCUCAUCGGAGGAUGACGGGAAAAGCGCGUUCCUUAAAGGGUUGGCUCAGCUAGAAAAAGACCGCACUGUAGGUUUUUCUGCGGGACUAGGUCGUCUCACUGAUGGUAGGGAUCGCCGCGACACGGACUCGCUACUCGGUCUACGCCACAAGAGAGCCAUCGGCGAGAUAAAAGCAAAUACUCUUCGUCUAAUGCGACCCGCGGGAAUCCCGAACAGAAAUGGGACUGGCCGAGUAGAGGUGUACCAUAAUGCAAAGUGGGGCACAAUCUGUGACAGGGACUGGGACCGAGAGGAUGCCGAGGUUGUGUGUAGGGAGCUUGGCAUGAUUAAGGCCAUACACGAGACAAGGAAAGCCAAGUUCGGGUUGGGGUACGGGCCCAUUUGGUUGAGCGGCAUGCAGUGUACGGGGAAGGAGAAUUCCUUAUUAGAAUGCAAGCACGACGGAUGGGGACAGGCCAGCGGAUGCACACACAAGGAUGACGCUGGAGUCAAGUGUCUGCACACGGCCGUCCCAUCAAUCAUUGAGGUGGGCUGCUACAAGGAUGAAAUGGAGCCGAACCGCGCUCUUCGGGCACUCAUCGCCAACCUACGAAGCGAAAUCAAAUGGUACAACGUUCGUAGCAUGGUGACGAAGUGCGCCGAGCGUGCUGCCCAGGGGGGCUAUAAGUACUUCGGGAUUCAGUUUUACGGCGAAUGCUGGGCCGACAACGAGGCCGAGAGCAGAUAUGACAUGCACGGACUGGCAGACCCUAAGGACAAUAAACAACGGUGCUUUGAAGGUACCGGCAUGCACUAUGCUAACUUCGUGUACAAGUUCGCGCCCUGGAAGGACAUGGGGUGCUGGCUGGAUUACCAUAACGCGCGAGCCAUGACCAAGCUGCUGGUUAACUUGAGGCUGCAGAUAGACUGGUUCAACAUCGGCAAGACUAUUGACUACUGUUACAAGGCAGCAAAGCAGGGCGGAUGGCGCUUCUUUUCCAUUCAGUUCUACGGCGAGUGCUGGGUGACGAAUGACGAUAAAAGCUUUAGACGACACGGACCGUCUGUCUCGUGUUGGAACGGAGUCGGGCAAAGGAUUACUAACUACGUCUACGAGAUCGUCUAGACCACGACACCAGCUAGAUGAUGCAAGUAUCCACAAAGGGAGAAAGCCUAUGUCAAAAGAUAGCAUCAAAAUGGCUUGUUGUCAAAAGUGCCUUGUACGACUAUUCAAUAAAUAUAAGUAAACCAGUCGAAUUCAAAGUGGAUCUUAUGUCAAAAGUGCCUUGUACGACUAUUCAAUAAAUAUAAGUAAACCAGUCGAA